AGCAUGCGGCUGAAGCUCGCAUUCAUCCUCGCGAGCAGUGCCGCACUGCAGCCGCCGCACGUCGUGGUUGUCGGCGGUGGCGUCGGCGGCCUCGCAACCGCCGGUAGACUCGCACGCCGCGGCGCACGAGUCACGGUGCUGGAGAAAAACGAUAAAGUCGGCGGCCGCGUCGGCGAAUACCGCUGGCAGCAACAUCGAUGGGAGACCGGCGCGUCUCUAUUAUUACUACCGGACGUCUAUCGCGACGCUCUGGAAGCCGCCGGCGCCGAGCAGCUCGACAUCAAACGAGUCGCACCGGCUUACGCCGUCUGGUACGAGCAGCACGCGGACCGCGGCCCCGUGAUUCUGGGAGGCGACCGACAGGACCUGCGACAACGCCUCGACCUUGAAGCCCCAGGCGGCUUUGAUCGUUUCGAGGAGUACCGAGCGACGGCGCGCGAGUACCUGCGGGCGGGCUGGCCGAUCUUCAUCGAGGAGGAUAUUUCUCCCGCAUCCCUGGUCAAAUUGGUACCGCGGUUCCUCGCCACGGCUGUGAGCGCUGUGUGGAAGUGGCCGCUGUUCGGCCACGACGCGCAGUUACGGAGACUGUUCCCGGACUCGCCACGCUUACGGGCGCUCUGCUCCUUCGAAGACCUCUACGUGGGCCUGUCACCCGUGGAAGCGCCCGCGGUCUUCUCGCUGCUCGCGGCGAUCGAACUCGAUAACGUCGCGGAGAAUCCUGAUGCGGGACGGCCCGACGUCGGCGUCUUCUAUCCGCUGGGUGGCUUCGGGCAGUUCCCCCAACUCCUCGCCGACGCGGCGACGGCGAGCGGUGUCGAUAUACGGACCGUUACAAGUGUCGAGGAGGUCCUGGUGGACGAGGGCCGCGCGACGGGAGUGCGGACGGCGAGCGGCGAGACCAUCGACGCUGACGCCGUCGUGGUCAACGCCGACCUGGCCGCCGCGGAGCCAAAGCUCUUGGGUAGUGAGUCUCGCUCGGACUACGCCAAAGGUCGCUUCUCGACGUCGUCGAUCACGUUUCUGUGGGCGCUGGACCGGCGCUUUGAGCAGCUGCAGCACCACAACGUUUUCCUGUCGGAGGACGACGACGACGACGAUCCCUUCCUCGCGGCGUGGGACGACCAGCUGCCGCCUAGGGGCGCAUCGACGGCGUUCCCGGCCAACGGAUUUCAUUUCUACCUGUGUUGUAAUAGUAGGACGGACGCGACCGCGGCGCCGGCCGACGGCGACUCGCUCAUGGUCCUAUGCCCGACGCCGCCCCUAGACGACAACGCCGACGACGCGCUCGUGGACGCCUGGAUCGCGAAGGCGCGAACUGCUGUUUACGAGCGGCUCAAUAAAUCUGCGGGAGCAGACAUCGAGUCCCACGUUAUUCACGAGCGCGUCAUCGAUCCUCGAGAAUGGCGGGACGGCCUCGGGCUGCGCCGCGGCUCCGUCUUCGGCCUCGCGCACGGGCUCGACCAGCUCGCUCUGUUUAGGCCAUCGCGCCAGUCGAGCCGUGUCGACGGCCUCUCAUUCGUCGGCGCGUCGACGCGGCCGGGGAAUGGCGUGCCCCUCGUGCUCACGUCUGCGCGGCUUCUGUGUGAUGAACUUAGUGGGGAGCUUGGGAUUAAGGAUAGCUAG